UGCCCAAAUAUUUAUAAUUUUUAUACCUGAUUCCUGAGGUGAGGUGAGCAGUUGAGACUUGAGAGAGGCGGAGAGCAGAGAAUCAGAGAGAGGCUGAGGCGGUUCAGCUGGAGACUGGAGACUAGAGAGAGGCGGAGAGCAGAGAGUAGAGAGAAAGUGUGUUCCUGAUCUGCAGAAGCCAUGAAGGUGCGAUCAUCUGUGAAGAAGAUGUGCGAGUUCUGUAAGACGAUUAAACGUCGUGGUCGAGUUUACGUCAUAUGUUCGGCCAAUCCCAAACAUAAGCAACGACAGGGCAUGUCAACAUUUGCAUAUGAAGGCCCAACUCCUCCUAUAUAUUCAGAAACAAGUGCUAAACUAGAGAUUAUACCUGUUCACCAACGACCUGGUUUGGCUUCUCUCAUUCCCAAAAAGGUGGAACCUUCAAUAAUGUUUGGCUGGAGUGCGGGCCUUGCAUCCAUUCUAUUCAAAAAGGUGAAUUAGCAUCCCUCCUGUUUAGAAGGGUGAGAAUGAAAUGGGACAGAGGUGAAGUUUGAUAAUUUACUUGGAACUGUUUAAGCCUUGAUGAAUUUUGUUGCCGUGCUACAUUGUCCAUUAUGUCAUCUUGCAAUGCUAUGUUUUUAUUUCAUUUACUCUCUCUCUCUCUCUCUCAAUAGCGGGAACUGGGAAGGAUUGUUGAAAAAAAAGAGUAAAAAUAAGAUACAAGAUUGCCUUGAGUACAGAUAACAAAUGUUUUUCAA